AUGGGAUCUGUUUGUAUAAAAGAAACUGAACAAUAAUCAGGAGAAGCAAUGGAGAAAAAUUUAAUAAAGGAUUCUUAAUAAUUGUUCUGUAGAGAUGAUGAGGAUAAGGGGAAAUAAUAAUUAGAAGAAUUUUCCAUUCUUAGAGUAUUUAUAGAGAUGAUACAUAGCAUUUAGGUAGAGGCACAAAUGGAAAGGUUAUGUUAGUCUAACAUAAAUCAACACAAUAAUAAUAUGCAAUGAAAGUUGUAUGUAAAAACAAAAUUCAAACACUUAACUAAAAAAAAUAUAUUAAAACGGAAAGAAAGAUAUUAGAAAUUUCAGAUUGCUGCUUCAUCACUAAAUUACAUUAUGCUUUUUAAACUCAAACUAAAUUAUAUUUUAUUAUAGAAUUUGUACCUGGUGGAGAAUUGUUUUAUCACUUAAAGAAAAAUGGAAGAAUGUCUGAAAAAAAAGUAAAAUUCUAUGCUGCAGAAAUCUUAUUAGGUUUAGAUUAUUUACAUAAAUAAAAUAUUAUUUAUAGAGACUUAAAACCAGAAAAUAUAUUAUUGGAUAAUGAAGGUCAUAUUAAAAUUUGUGAUUUUGGUUUGUGUAAAUUAUGUACUUAUGGUGAUAAUUAUGCCAAAAGUUUUUGUGGUACUUUAGAAUAUCUAUCUCCAGAAAUCAUUUCAGGGGAUAUGUAUUCUAAAGUAUGUGAUUGGUGGACUUAUGGUGUUUUAUUAUAUGUAAUGUUAAUAGGCAGAUUGCCAUUUUAAAAUGAUAACUAAAAAGAGAUUAUGAAAUCUAUUCUAAUAGAAGAAUUUGAAAUUCCAGAUGAUAUAUCAGAGGAAGCUCAGGAUUUGCUGAAAUAAUUAUUAAAAAAGAAUCCUUAAUAAAGACUUGGAUCAGUUGGUGAUGGAAAAGAAAUCUAAAAACAUGAUUUUUUUAAAGAUAUAGAUUUUGUGAAAUUAGAAAGGAGGGAAAUAAAAGCACCUCUGUAUAAUGAUAAGCCUUUUCAAUUUUUUGAUCAAAAUUUAGUUAGAAAAAGUACAAUUCAAGAUACUCCUGUAAAUGAAAUAGGGAAAUAUUAAAAUUUUUCAAAUUUCACUUACAAAGAAGAAAAGAUGAUGAAUGAAUAUAAUAAACUAUUAAUUAUUCACUGA